GGAUGAGUUUCCAGCAGGAAGUAGCUGCAGCUUGUUAUGUAAAGCAGACUUUGUUCUGGGAGAGAACUGUGAGGAGGGUUAGAGCUGUUCAGCAGAGCGAUGGCAUCUGACGGCCCUUUCCUGGUGGCUGCAGUGACCCUGAUGUCGGCGACACACAUGGGAUACCUGGCCCGGCGGGUCGGAUGGUCCAGGAUCGCUCUGAAGAUCAUGCCUCCUGUGGUCACUGGACCUCCAGAGUUUGAGAGGACUUUCCGUGCACAUCAGAACUGUGUGGAGUUCUACCCCAUCUUCCUGGUGGUGCUGUGGAGCUGCUCUACCUUCUUCAGUGAGCUGGUUGCAGCUGUAGGAGGUCUGGUCUACAUGGUCGCCCGGCAGAUGUACUUCAACGGAUACGUCAAGUCCACCAAGAAGAGGUUACCGGGUUUUAUUCUGACUCUGGCUGUGUUGUUCACUCUGUCUCUGCUGGCGUCCAUCGGAGUACUGCGUGGAAUACUACACAAGUACUUCCACAUCCACCUCUGAAGAUUGUAUCUCCAGCAAAUCAAAUAAAUGAGAGUUUCAUGCUCAUCGUUUUGCACUGAAA